AUGAUGCCCCCGAACGGAAAAGACAGCCCUACUUUCCAAGAAGACCUCAGCAAUGUCCUAGUCUGCCCUGAAUGCAACAUCAACCCUCCUAACCUAGUCGACGAGUGGUCCAGCGGCGAUACAGUUUGUUCAGACUGCGGCCUUGUGGUCGGAAGCCGCAUUAUCGACACGAGAUCCGAAUGGAGAACUUUUGCGAACGACGACCAGGGAGGUGACGAUCCCAGUCGUGUCGGUGGUCCUCAGGAUGAGUUCGUCGAGGGACAGCAGCUCGCUACCACUGUAGCCUUUUCCGACUCCAAGGCACACAAGGCUCUUUCGCGAACGCAAAACAACACCACGCAGGACAAAGCACAGAAGGGUCUCAUGCUCGCGUACAAGGAAAUCGUCUCUCUUUGCGAAGCUAUCAACAUGGGACAGAACGUUUCAAACGCGGCCAAGCACAUCUUCAAGCUCGUCGACAAGCACAAGUUCCUCAAGGGCAAACCCCAAGAAGCCGUCAUCGCAGGUUGCAUUUUCAUCGCCUGCCGACAGAACAACGUACCUAGAACCUUUCGAGAAAUCUUCAACUUGACCAGUGUGAGCAAGAAGGAAGUCGGUCGAGUCUUCAAGCAGCUCCAAAGCUUCUUGCAAAAGCUGCAGGAGCAGGACGGCGAGGCUACAGGUCUAAAUACAGUCACCAACUACGAAAACACAUCCGUGGGCGCCGAGGAUCUCUGUGGUCGUUACGUAUCCCAGCUCGGUCUCAGAAACCAGCAAAAGGUGGCCAAGAUCUCUCGCGAUCUGGCCGAACAGGCCAACAACAUCUCGGAUCUUGCCGGACGAUCACCGUUGUCGGUGGCUGCAGCGUGUAUCUUUAUGGCAUGCCACAUUGUUGGAGAAGCCUGCCCGUCACACCUGAUUGCUAAGCAGGCAGGUGUCAGUGACGGGACAGUUAAGACAGCAUACAAAUUUCUGUAUGGUGCACGCAAGCAGUUGGUUAAGAAGGAAUGGCUUGUUGAUAACGGCACCAGCAUGGAUUCUCUGCCUCAGGCCAACGUUAAUGUUUCAGCAUAA